AAAUGAGAAUUACUGUCAGCAGCCCGGUGCUGCCACUCCGACUGGGGAACAUUCACAGCCAGUGCCGAGCCUUGUGUGUCCGCCAGGGGCCAAAUCUUGUGUCCCUUCUUCUCCAAGUCCCCGGAUCCCGGCUCCUCAGUGUGCGCUGCGCCGCCCGACCCUCCGCACUCCUCCCGACUCCCGUCCAUGGAAUAUCCCUAGAAAUAGGACAUCUCAGCGCCACAGUGACCGGUCAAAAGUGGAUUUUCUUGCAGCCCGAGCUGAUCAGGAAGAGCUGGAAGUCAAUGCAGGCACAUGGACCUGAGUGCAUUGGCUGCUUGAUCUUCCCUCCCACCAACGCCUGAAGGAGGAUUUUCAAGUCACUCUCUCGUCUUCCUGUUUGCUUGGAGGGGUUAUUUGGACUCUGGCCACGCUGGUCCUUUGGAUUUAGAGAAGGAUAUUUCACCCUUUAAAAACCAGCAAGGUUUGGCGACUCGGCAAACUUGUGCUUAGUUCUGACGUGUUCUUGUCUCGUGGAUCUCUGAUUUUUUUUUUACACUGUAUUAUGGCCAUGGUGGUUAAUCCCUGGCAAGAAGACCUCACUGGAGUGCCAGGCUCCCAGGUGAGCAACCCCCCAGGACUGUGCAACCAGGACCCAGGGGGCACGCCUCAGACACCCAGCACCCCAAAGGGUCAGGAUGGGACGCACUCUAGUGACAAAGGGGUGCCCAAUGUGGACUGUAUGGUGUGUGGGGACAAGUCAAGCGGCAAGCACUAUGGGCAAUACACCUGUGAAGGUUGCAAGAGUUUCUUUAAGAGGUCAGUGAGAAGGAACCUCACCUACACUUGUAGGGGCAACAGAGACUGUCCGAUAGACCAGCACCAUAGGAACCAGUGCCAGUACUGCCGGCUGAAGAAGUGCCUUAAGGUUGGCAUGAGAAGGGAAGCAGUUCAACGUGGACGAAUGUCUCAUCCCCAGACCAGCCCAGGCCAGUAUGCAUUGAACAACGUUGACCCAUACAACGGUCAUUCGUACUUAACAGGAUUUAUUUCCUUGCUCCUACGGGCAGAGCCAUACCCAACAUCCCGCUAUGGAGCACAGUGCCUGCAGCCCAACAAUAUCAUGGGCAUUGAGAACAUCUGUGAGUUGGCGGCCCGCUUGCUCUUCAGCGCCAUCGAGUGGGCCAAGAACAUACCUUUCUUUCCCGACUUCCAGCUCUCCGACCAGGUCUCUCUUCUCCGUAUGACGUGGAGUGAGCUCUUUGUCCUCAAUGCCGCCCAGUGUUCUAUGCCUCUUCACGUGGCGCCCUUACUGGCGGCGGCCGGGCUCCAUGCCUCACCCAUGUCUGCUGAUAGAGUGGUGGCUUUCAUGGACCAUAUUCGGGUCUUUCAGGAACAAGUAGAAAAGCUGAAGGCACUUCACGUUGACUCUGCUGAGUACUCCUGCUUGAAAGCUGUGGCAUUAUUUACACCUGAUGCAGUAGGACUGUCUGACAUCGGUCACGUUGAAAGCAUUCAGGAGAAGUCCCAAUGUGCUCUAGAGGAGUAUGUCCGAAACCAGUAUCCCAACCAACCGACCCGCUUUGGACGUCUUCUGCUCCGCCUUCCUUCCUUACGAAUCGUCUCCGCACCGGUCAUAGAGCAGCUCUUCUUUGUACGUCUAGUAGGAAAGACGCCAAUUGAGACUUUGAUCCGGGACAUGCUUCUUUCUGGGUCCAGCUUUAACUGGCCUUACAUGCCUAUGCAGUAAUAAGGGUCUUUUCAACCUUUCAGAUUUGGUAAAGAGGUGUGCUCACCCUGAAAACUUUCCACGGCAGUCAAGAAUAGCAGUCACAAGUUAAAGAAGGACUGAAGGCCAAGUCAUACGUUGAGUGUUAUCUUUUUGACCAGUGGGACAUUCAGCUUGAUGAACAUUUCAUUUUUCAUGGGUUAUGGAUUUUUUUUUUAUGAAACUGCAUUUUCAUACCUGCUGUGAAGGUUGAAGGGUCCAGUUGAUGGUAUUUUCUUCUAUCUUCAAAAAGCCGCAUGGGUGAAGGCCAUCAAAGUGUCAAAUCAAGUCUGAAUGAGCAUGGUCCUCUGCUUGUGUUUUCGAUGCACCCUCUGCCACUCAGACAAGUUUUUAAGUGGUAAAUACUUAUAAAAAUUUUGCCACGAUCCAGCAAGCGUUUCCGACGAGAGGACAUGCACUUUUCUACGGGAGUUUGCAAGACUUUCCAAUACAUGUAUGUAGAAGGGUGAGGAGCAAAAGAAUCCAUGUGUAGACCUUGAGAAAAGGAGAGCCAAUAAGGACUGCAAUUAUUUGUAAUGAGUUGAUACUUGUGAAUUUGCUAUUUCGUGUAAAAAGACUGGCUAGCACUGCAAUCUAUGACAUAAAGCACUGAAUCAGCCUUGGCCACUUAAUCCCCCAUUGGGACUUUUGACAAAAGACUAUUUAUAAAAGAAAACGAGGAGAAUGGGCAUUUGAGAUAAACCUACUGCCUGCUUUUUUCAUGACCUGUAUAUUUUAACCCAUCCGUCCCACAGUUUUUCCUUGCUUUGUCAUCAUAUAAAUAUGUUUGUAAGAUAUUUUUUUGGUGUGUGAAUUGUGGAUUUUUUUUUUUUGGUAACCUGGCGGCAAAAUAUUGUUCAUUUUGCUGGUUGAUCUGGCUAAUUAUUAAAUACACUAUCAGUUAUUAA